AGCUGCACUCGCUUCCGUGUUUGUGUGAUCAGGGAGUGCUCAGCCGGGGAGCUUCACUGUUUCAUUCAUUUGUGAAGAGCUACGUUAAGCAACUCACCAGCAGGGAAAAUGCCGUAUGAACUGAAACAUGUGUUCGCCAGUCUCCCACAGAUGGAGAGGGGAGUCGCAAAAGUGAUUGGUGGCGAUCCCAAAGGCAAUAACUUCCUGUAUACCAACGGGAAGUGUGUCAUCAUCAGGAACAUUGAAAACCCGGCCAUAGCAGACAUUUACACCGAACAUGCACACACAGUUACUGUUGCCAAGUAUGCUCCCAGCGGAUACUACAUUGCAUCUGGAGAUGCAUCAGGUAGGAUCCGUAUCUGGGACACCACCCAGAAGGAGCACCUGCUCAAGUACGAGUACACCCCGUUAUCAGGCAAGGUCAAGGACAUUGCAUGGACCGAGGACAGCAAGAGGAUCGCUGCUGUUGGGGACGGACGAGAGAAAUUCGGGUCUGUGUUCCUGUGGGACUCCGGCUCCUCAGUUGGAGAACUUUCUGGCCACGCCAAAUUAAUCAACAGCGUAGACAUUAAGCAGACACGCCCUUACCGCCUCGCCUUGGCCAGUGACGACACCUGCGGGUCCUUCUUCGAGGGACCCCCCUUCAAGUUCAAGUUCACAAUGCGCGAGCACAGCCAGUUUGUCAACUGUGUGCGUUUCUCUCCUGAUGGGAAUCGGUUCGUAACAGCUGGAGCCGAUGGCCAGAUGUUCCUCUAUGAUGGAAAAGAUGGUAAUCUCAUUGGCACACUGGGAGGAGAGAAGGCCCACAAAGGAGGAAUCUAUGCUAUCAGCUGGAGCCCUGACAGCUCCCAGCUGAUCUCCGCCUCAGGGGACAAGACGGUGAAAUUGUGGGAUGUCGGAGCGGGAACGGCCGUCACCACCUUCAACCUGGGCUCUGAUGUGACCGACCAGCAGCUGGGCUGCCUAUGGCAGAACGAGCACCUCCUCACCAUCUCCCUGUCAGGGUACAUCAACUACCUGGACAAGAACAACCCGGACCGGACCAUCCGCACCGUCAAGGGUCACAGCAAAUCCAUCCAAUGUGUGACGGUUCACAAAAAAGACGGGCGACCUCACAUCUACUCUGGGAGUCACGAUGGACACAUCAAUUACUGGGAUGCUGAAACUGGGGAGAACGACUGCUUCUCAGGGAAGGGCCACAGCAACCAGGUGAGCCAGAUGGUGACCAACGAUUCCAGCGAGCUGGUGACGUGCAGCAUGGACGACACGCUGCGCUACACCAACAUCAACAAGACGGAGUACAGUGCCUCUGAUGUGGUGAAGAUGGAUUUCCAGCCUAAAAGUGUGUCUGUCGCAGCAGGAGGGCUGUCUCUGGCCGUCUGCAUUGGACAGGUUGUCUUGCUGAAGAAUAAGAAGAAAGUCUUCACAAUGGACAACCUGGACUACGAAGCAGAGGUUGGAGCCCUCCACCCGGGGGGGUCCACUGCAGCCGUGGGGGGAGCAGAUGGGAAGGUCCGUCUGUACUCUGUUCAGGGCAACACUCUGAAGGACGAGGGGAAAACCAUCGAGCUCUCAGGAGCGAUCACUGACAUGGCCUACUCUAACGACGGGGCCUAUCUGGCUCUCAUAGAUGAUAAGAAAGUCACCUCCGUUUUCACCGUGGCUGACGACUACUCGGUAAAAAAUAACUUUUACGGACACCACGCCAAACCUGUGACUCUGGCCUGGUCACCUGACAACGAGCACUUUGCCACCGGUGGGAUGGACAUGAUGGUGUUUAUCUGGACGGUUUCCGAUCCAGACAAGAGGAUUAAGGUCCCAGGUAGGCCACACACGUGCACGCAGACAUACACUGCUCUGUCUGGGGGAUAAACCCUUAAAAAGAUG